CCCGCGAGCAACAGUGUCCCGCUCAAUUUUCUGUCCAACUCCCGUUCGCCGCCUUUCCGAAAUAUCGCUUUUUUAUGAAAGUCCCGACUUAAUUCGUUUAAGUGUUCCAUUAACGGUGUCGCGUGUUAUUCCUGAACUCCCACGAUACGCCCCGGUGUGGUGGAGAGCCGCUUGAUAUGGAAAUUCUCCUGAGGAGGAGAAAUCUUCCGCCCUUCGAGGAUAGUCUCGUUUAGCCUCGUGUCAUGACAUCGGUUUUUUGGAUAACGCCCAAAGGAUGAUCCGGUAGAUGGAGUAUGGUGUCAUCAUGGACGAAGCGGGAACUUCUGCGUCUACAGCGGGAGCAGGAGCCGGCGGGGAGGUGAUCGAGGAUGAGUCUGAUUUGAGUAAAUUCGAGAACAAAUCUGGAUUGGCCGAGGACAUGAAGUUUCUCGCCUCCAUGCCGGAGCUUUGCGAUAUAACUUUUCUCGUGGGCGAUUCGCGAGAACCUGUGUGCGCUGUCAAAGCGGUCCUAGCCGCACGAAGCAGAGUAUUUUACAAAAUAUUAUACCAAGCUCCAAGUCCUCAGAGGAAAAAAGAUUCUACCGAGAAAUUACGUCUCUUUCUAAAGAGAAGGAGUGAACCUCUCCUAAACUCACAAAGUUCUACCAGUCAGCGAGGAUAUACGCAGCAACUUGCACCUAUUCAAGAGCCGCAGCCCCAUCAGCAUCAAACCCAAAUUAUUGAGGAGUUCGAGCCUGACGUUUUUAGGCAACUGAUAGAAUACAUCCACACAGGGUGUGUCACGCUUCAACCACGGACCUUACUCGGUGUAAUGAAUGCUGCAGACUAUUACGGCUUGGACGAGUUGAGACGGGCGUGUUUUGGUUUCGUUCAAUGUUGCAUCAAUGUCGAUACCGUUUGUGCACUUCUCGCUUCGGCUGAAAGAUAUAUUCAGUACAAAUGUACGAAAUCGUUAGUACAAAAGGUUUUAGAAUUUGUGGAUGAACACGGUAAUGAUGUGCUGAAUCUGGGCUCAUUCACGCUUCUGCCUCAACAUGUUGUGCGGCUAAUUUUAGCUCGAGAAGAAUUGCGGGCCGAUGAAUUUACUAAAUUUCAGGCUGUACUAAUGUGGAGCAAAAAAUAUUGUGAUAAUAAUUCUAAUAGUAAUCUAAAGGAUACCGUAGGUAGUUUUCUAGAGUUCAUUCAGUUUCAUAAGGUUCCAGCCAACGUCCUAAUGCGAGAAAUAUAUCCUUUGACGCUAGUUCCGUACGACAUCAUUAUGAAUGCUCUUGCUUACCAGGCAGACCCAAGAAGCGUGGACCCCGGAAAGCUCUCUCCCAACAGAGUGAGGAGGUCCGCUCAAGGACGCUCCAUGUCCGUUCAAAGUUCCACCGACCCCCUCGGCUCCAACACAACCCUAAGCUCCAGCGAAAGCUCCGAGAUGGUCUCAUCCGAAGGUCACCCGAAACACAAUUCUAACUGACGAACCAGCCCGAGUUCAAAUGUUAACUAUUUUUCUAAUAAGUCUAUUCUUGUUAUUCUUUUCGAUGUUAUGUAUCCUCAGAAAUGUGCUCAUUGUUUGUAUCUAGGGACUCGAUUUAUUUAUUUUUGUUCGUGAUGUGUGAAGGGCGAGACCAUUACUUCCGCAUGUAAACAAAUCUUGGGCGCCGAAAUCAUGUUCAGCGUUUAAAUUGGUAUGAGGAGUUUAAUUUUUUUAGGAGUGACUCUGAGAAAUGUUUAUGUUUCUGGUGUCCACCCUUUCAGAUCUGACUGCACUUUUACAAAAAACGCCGCAAACUAUGCAUAAAUACAUAAAAACGGAAGACACAUGUGCAAGAUAUGCAUCAAGGCAUUUCUAUACUCUGUUUGUUUCAGAGGCGUGGCGUGCUGUGAUAUCGAUUGAUCUAUCAUUUAAACCUAUGGGAAAGGACCGAUAGCAAGGUGUUUGCAAAGAACACCUUAAUAAUCGAUUCUCUACCACAGCUUCAAAUGGGGAAGUAUCGAUGAUCGAUCUCUCACGCCUCGCCACUGAACUAAUAUCCUGUUGGAAAAAUUCAGUUUUGGAUGAACCAGAUUUUCUAAGUGACACUUUUUAAAUUUGAGAUUUUGCAUUGUUAAUAAUCUAUGAAUGUGUCUAGUUGAUUUCCAACCGAAUAUGGUGUUAAUGAAAAAAUUGACAAGAAACAAAGUUUGCUAACAAUUCUCACGUCAAAGGACACACGAAUGUACUUAGAUCCAAGGAAUAUGUGCUCUCUGCAAACGCCAUACUGUCCUUGUAUUUGCUCCUGUCACCUCAAAUAUUGAUGAUCACAUAGAAAGCGAGGUAGAAAAUCAAAUCAAAAACCUUUCAAGCAUGUUAUGUUUAUACAUGUAAAAGUUGGUUGAUUGUGUGAUCAUCCCAAGAAUACGUCUUUUUACUCGUUAUAGAGGAGAAAGCUCACAUAGAGUAUGGUUUCACUGAUGGAGUUGAGCUCUUUGACGCAACCCUUUGUGAUGUCAUGUUUUGCUGAUUAGUGGGAAAGUUUAUAGAUUGUAUUAAUUAUUAAAAAAACGAAAAGUGCCCGAGCCUUCAUGUUUCUUAUGAUAUAUCGGUAUUGAUGUACAUAGCUAAUUUAAAUCGAAUUUUCAAGAACACUCUCUUGUGUGUGGACCACGAAUAAUAAUUCAUAUUAUGCUGCCAAUUUUGGCCCAAAAUUACAGCGAAUCAUAUAGAUGUGCAAUGUGCCAAAAUCAUUUGUAACGCGCGCUGUGGCCGUACUAUGCCCCUAUUUUGUUCUUUGCCAUAGACCCAAUUUUUCAUAGAGAAGAAUAAUCUUGUAUUGUAUGAUAAACAUGGGUAAAUUUGAAUAAAUUCAGAGCUGAGCCAAACAUUGGCUUAAUUUUCAAAAUUACCACUCCAUCAUUGCAUCGCCGUUCUUUGCACCGAGUCAUGUCCAAUUUUCAGCCUCUGAAGCCGUAUUCUCCUUAAAAAUGUCCGUUUUCGUCAAUACAUCACCGCUUUGAAGGGACUGUCACUUUUUACAUCAUCAAUUUAUUUUUUGAGACGUUAUAUGUAAACACGAUUAUUGCCUCAGUUUUCCUGUAUACACGAAUCUUUCCGCCGACAAUUUUCAGACUAUCGGAUGGGCCAUUCUUUUCAAUAAAAUCUCUUUUGAAUGGCUAGAA